UCGUCGUUCACUCGUUCUUCUCAGCUUUCUCGCUACGCAGACUCGACGGCAACAGGGUAUCUUCUUGCUACUGAGCUCAGUUCUUGACUACUCUCCUCCGAUACUAUCGAUCGAGCUAAUGAAGGAAUGGCGAGGGCAUGGUUGACAAAUUGUCGGGGGAUUGCGAAAAAGGUGAAGAAUGCUACCUCUUAUUCGAAUUAUCAACUAUGCGAUUUGGGAGCUGAAGCGAAUCGUGAAUGCCCAAAUUGUCAACAUAUAAUCGAUAACAGUGAUGUUUCUUUGGAAUUGCCUGGCCUUCCUGCUGGUGUAAAGUUUGAUCCCACUGAUGUAGAACUUCUAGAGCAUCUGGCAGGAAAGAUAGGGGUCGGGAUUGCCAAAGCCCAUAUCUUUAUCGAUGAAUUCAUUCCAACUCUUGAUGGAGAACAAGGAAUUUGCUGUACACACCCUGAGAAUCUCCCUGGUGCAAGGAAAGAUGGAACUAGUGUACACUUUUUUCACAGAUCAUUAAAUGCAUAUUCGACUGGAAAUAGAAAGCGUCGCAAGAUAUGUGGCGAGGCCGAGGAAAGUGUAAGGUGGCACAAGACCGGCAAAACGAAACCAGUGAUAGAGAAUGGUAUUCUGAAAGGCUGGAAGAAGAUCAUGGUUCUAUACACAAGUUUUGGGAAGGGUAACAAGCCAGACAAAGCUAAAUGGGUGUUGCAUCAGUAUCAUCUUGGGAUGGACGAAGAGGAAAAAGAUGGACAAUUGGUUGUUUCAAAGAUUUUCUUCCAGCAAACAAAGCAAAUGGAGAGUAAUGAGACUGAUGAGAAUGUUCAAGAAAAGCCGAAUGUGUUAGCAACCAGAUACAGUCCAAGAACACCUAAAACUAUGACUCCGCGGCCACAUCGGUCUAAGAUGAAUCCUUUAUAUAAAGCUAACGAGGAAGUUCCUCUUCUCUUGGAAGUUCAGGAGGAACAAGCUCCAGAAUCUGAAUUGCCUCCAUCGACAUUGCCCACUGUCAAUCUGAAGGAUGAAGAAACAGGAUCCCAUUACUGGGCGGGUGAAUCACAAGCCAUAGAUGAACCAAAUCCUCAGCUGCUAAAUGAGUCAUUUUUAUACCAUGAAGUGCUCAAACAAUUUCCUCCCUUAGCAGAAUCUCCCCUUCAACUUCACCAACCAGACAUGCUUAUUGGCUGCAAAGAUCAGUUUUUUAUGUAUGCAGAUGGUUUCCCCAGCCUUGAUGACAUAGAGGUUGACACUCCACCAGAUUUUCAGCUUUCUGAUUUGCAAUUUAGUUCACAAGAUAGCUGGUUGGGCCGGCUGUAGAAUGAUUACACCAAGGUCUAUCGUGAGCUGCUAAUGAUGAUUAUUUUGCAGAUCAAGUGAUCUGAAUCUAUUAAGAUGAACUGUAUUAGGUGAGGUAGAAGAGCGGCAUUUUCCAGUGCCAAUUAUGCAUCCUUUUGCUGUAAAUUAUAUGUUUGUUGUGUUCAAAAUCUUGACAUUCUUACUUGUAAAAGAUUUGAGGACCUUUCAAAGUGAUUGCAUGGCUUAGAACAUGGCAGGCAUGCCAUCAAGUGUUUA